CCGCCGGGAGGCGGAGGAGAGUUGCGUGGCGACAGGCAGCCCGCCUGGGGGCGCCGCGCACCAGCCAGGCAGCGCGGAGGGGCUCUCCCAGAGGUCAUAAAAGGCGCUCGGCGGGCGCAUGGCUGCGCAGAUCUCCGCGGCUCCCUGCAUUCUCCUCUCCCCGCGGCAGCCGGGUCUGGCUGGGCGGGCCGGGCCCGCCCUGAGCGCUCGCCUGCCCUCCAGCCACCCACGACCGAGCUGAUGCGCUCUGCCGGCGCGCCUUUACGCACGGCGGGUGCCCUCUGGCGCCGGCGCGCCGGGUAACUUGUGAAGCGCGCAGGGAGGCCACCGGGUGGGGCGGCAUGGACGAGCCCCUGCUGCAGCCGCCGCCGCCCCGGCCGCUGCCUCUCCGCGACCGCCUGAGCUACGCGGUGGGCCACUUCCUCAACGACCUCUGCGCCUCGAUGUGGUUCACCUACUUGCUGGUCUACUUCCACUCGGUCCUGGGCUACAGCACGAGCCACGCGGGGGCGCUCCUGCUGGCGGGGCAGGUGGCCGACGGCUUCUGCACGCCCCUGGUGGGCUACGAGGCGGACCAGGCCGGCGGCUGCGGGCGCUACGGCCGGAGGAAGUCUUGGCAUCUCGCCGGAACAAUCUGCGUCAUCCUCACUUUCCCCUUCAUCUUCAACCCCUGCCUGGGGUGCUCCGAAAACACGCCCCAGUGGGCCGCCCUCAUCUACUUCAUUCCAAUCAUCAUCAUCUUCCAGUUUGGCUGGGCAGCCACCCAAAUCUCCCACCUCUCACUCAUUCCAGAGCUGGUCACCAGCGACCAUGAGAAAGUGGAGCUCACAGCCUUCAGGUAUGCUUUCACUGUCAUGGCGAACAUCACUGUCUAUGGCACGGCGUGGCUACUGUUUCACUUCCAGGUGGGCCACACGGGGCCACCAGAUCACAGCCAGCACCUUGGACGCCAUGACAUCCCGACCUUUCGGAACCUCUCUCUGAUUGUGGUGGGGGUGGGCACCGUCUUCUCACUCCUCUUCCAUCUGGGCACCCGGGAGAAGAGCCGCCUGCCCGCCCAGGUGCCAGAGCCCGAAGAACACACCCCUCUGCUCCCUCCGGGCCCAAAGAACUCGGCUCAGCCCAUCCUUCUCUGGAAACACUGGCUUCUGGAGCCAGCCUUCUACCAGGUAGCAAUGCUGUACAUGUCCACCCGACUGAUUGUCAACCUCUCCCAGACCUACAUCGCCAUGUACCUCACCAACUCAUUGCUGCUCCCAAAGAAAUUUAUCGCCACUAUCCCUCUGGUGAUGUACAUCAGUGGCUUCCUCUCCUCCUUCUUGAUGAAACCUGUGAACAAGAAAAUUGGCAGGAAUCUCACCUACUUCCUGGGUUUGCUCAUCAUCUUGGCAUACGCUUCCUGGAUCGCCUUGGUAGACCACAUUGGCGUGGAGAUCUAUGGGGCGGCUGUCUUGCUUGGGGCUGGCUCAGCCACCAUCCUGGUGACGUCCCUGUCCAUGACAGCUGACCUUAUUGGCACCAACACGAAUAGUGGGGCUUUUGUCUAUGGUGCCAUGAGUUUUACGGACAAGGUCGCCAAUGGGGUCGCGGUGAUGGUCAUCCAAAACUUACAUCCCUGCCCGUCUCAACGUUGCUGCGCCAGCUGUGUGACCUUCUACCACUGGAUCAUGGUGACGGUCACUGGGGGCAUUGCCGUGGUAGCCACCAUCUGCCUCACCUUCAUCAUGGUCUGGCCCAUCCGUAUACGGUUCCAUGAUGUCUCUCUUGUGGGCCUAGCAGGAACAAGAUCCAGAGAGCUGGGCCACCCUGAGGAAGGAGAGCCUUCUUCUGUGGUCAAUUGAAGCUCAACUCCCUGGGAAGGGAGAGCAGGCCCUGAGGAAUGGCAAGCACCCGAGACCGGAGGAGGACCAGGGCCAUCCUUCCUUUGGGUCUGAGGUGGGGUUUCCUACCAUUCUUUCUGUGUACACAGGGAACUCUCUCCUCCACCACCCCCAGCAUAUUUUGCACAAUUUCCCUCUUGUCCCCUACAAAUGGCAAGUGGGUGUUUUUGUUUUUUGUCCCUACUACUUUUCCUUUGCACAUCACACACUAAUUUUGAGGCCCUUGUGAAAGAAGCAACACUUGCCCUCAUCUCUCCUCCCUACUGCGGUCAGGCCACCGGUGGGUUGUUUUUGUUAUUUUAAAACUGAGUUGUCUGUAAAAUAUUAUAAAUAAAGAAUUUUUUUUAAAAACUG